GGACUAUUAUGGACUUGGAUGUGUUCUGUGAACGAGUUGUGGUUCAUACAGAGUUGAAUAUGCCACUCAAUGAGUAGUAUGUUUCCUUUGGCUCAGUGUCUCAUCAGAGAUCCUCUGGGAUCCUUCAUGUCAAACAGCCUCCGCUCUACAGACGCGUGCUUUGUAGACUGAAGCUGAGCCGAGCUAGAUUCCCUGCCACCCAACCCAGCCAACGCGAAAUAUGCUUGAAUAGAGCUUUUGUGGAGGAGUGUUGCGGAGGGAGUGCUGAUUGCUCAAGCGCGCGCUGUGAGGAAGAGAUAAGCAACAGAGCUGAGCAGACGCAGCAGAAGUCUGAAGACUAAUCCUCACAACCCAGACGGACAGGAGGGAGAGACAGACACACCAGACUAGGAUACAUGAUCAGACUAGUUCAACCCAAUCUACACCUUUUUACAUGAAAAAAAAGAAACCCAAGGCAAUCUUGGCUAUUGUGCUUCAGAAGCCAAAUGUAGUUUUUGAGGCAUAAAAUGGUUGUGAAUGUAAUUUUUGCACAUGGAUGUGCUAUGAAGCUAUAAUUUCUGAGGAAGCCAGUAGACCAGAACGCUACUAAGGGAGAGAUCCAGUAACCAGCAUCAGGAUGCAUCUUGUGGUGGAGCCCUCGCAGGAAGCCAUGCUUACCAUGCUGCCUCACUUUGUGGAGAACGCAGUCCUGACUCAGAGCGAGAUCUACCGAAUCCUCAGCGAGAGCUUCUUCAUGGUCAAAGGAGCUGCCCUUUUCCUGCAGCAGGGCACCAAUGCACAGGGACCCAAGACACCCACACACCACAAACUCGCAGGUGACUUACCUCAACACCUGCAGGUCAUGAUUAACACCCUCCGCUCUGAGGACCGCAUUAAACUGGCUGUACGGUUAGAGAGCGGUUGGUCUGACCGCGUGCGGUACAUGGUUGUGGUCUACACCAGUGGUCGCCAGGACACAGAGGAGAAUAUCCUGCUGGGGAUGGACUUCACCGAUAAGGACAGUAAAAGCUGCUCUAUCGGGAUGGUGCUACCGCUAUGGAGCGACGCGAAGAUCCAUUUAGAUGGAGAUGGAGGAUUUAGUGUGACCACAGGAGGACGAACACAUGUCUUCAAGCCUGUUUCUGUACAGGCCAUGUGGUCUGCCCUGCAGAUCCUCCAUAAGGCAUGCGAGGUGUCUCGCAGGUACAACUACUUCCCCGGGGGCAUGGCCCUCACCUGGAUGGGCUUCUAUGAGAGCUGUAUCACCUCCGAGCAGAGCUGCAUCAACGAGUGGAACGCUAUGACCGACCUGGAGACCACGCGGCCCGACUCACCUGCCAUGUUCGUCGACCGGCCAACGGAGAGCGAGAGAACAGAGUGUGCAAUCAAAGCCAAACUGCGCAGCAUUAUGAUGUUCCGGGACCUGGAGAAUGUCACUUCCAAGGAGAUCCGUGUGGAGCUGGAGCAGCAUAUGAGCUGUAACCUGAAGGAGUACAAAGAGUUCAUCGACAACGAGAUGCUGCUGAUCCUGGGUCAGAUGGACAAAGCCACACUCAUCUUCGACCACCUCUACUUGGGCUCUGAGUGGAAUGCCUCCAAUCUAGAGGAACUACGGGACUGUGGUGUGGGCCACAUCCUCAACGUGACCAGGGAAAUAGACAACUUCUUCCCGGGCACGUUCACCUACCACAACAUCCGGGUGUACGACGAGGAGGCCACAGACCUGCUGGCUCACUGGAACGAGACCUACAACUUCAUUGUCCGAGCCAAGAAGAACCAGUCUAAGUGUCUGGUCCACUGUAAGAUGGGUGUGAGCCGGUCAGCCUCCACGGUCAUAGCGUAUGCUAUGAAGGAGUAUGGCUGGACUCUGGAGAAGGCCUACAACUUUGUGAAGCAGAAGAGGAGCAUCGCUCGGCCCAACGCUGGUUUCAUGAGGCAGCUGGCCGAGUACGAGGGCAUCCUGGACGCUAGUAAGCAGCGCCACAACAAGCUGUGGAGGCCCGAGGGAGGGGAGGACAACCCAGAUGAGGCGUCUGGCCAGUGCUGUGGUGGAGAGGAGACUCCCGUGGAGGGUGAGGCCUGGGGGGUAGAGGGCUGCAGAGCCUCCCCCUGUCGGGGCUUGGGCCUGGAGGUGGAGCCCUUGGACCCCCUCAACUACAACUACUACUUCAGACGGCUGUCGGACACGGCCCUAGACAGCGAGCCCUCCACCCCAGUACGCGGCCCUCCCCUGCUGGGUAUGGAGAGGGUGUUUAUUGAGAUCGAGGAUGUGGAGAGGGACGCCCUUCUGGAGGACGAGGGCUUCCCCAUGGCCCAGCUGGCUCUGCCCGGGGAGGGCACCGCCGCCCAGACCUGUGGGGGCCGCCUGGAGCCCCUGGAGGACAUGAGGCUGAGGCUGGAGUUCAGCACGGUGGAGGAGGAGGACGAGGAGGAGGCGCAGAAGGAGGAGGCAGAGAUGGCUGCCCUGGCUUGGAGUCCUGCAGGAGGAGAGGGAGCGAGAGAGGACGAAGAGAGGAAGGAGCAGGUCAACAUGAACCGCUUUAACAACGAGAACGCCAACAACAGUAACCGCCUGGCUGCCAAGCGCAGCUGCCCCGCUACCUUCGACGACAGUGCUAGCACUGGAAACCCUUACAAAGUGAAGCCCUCCUACCAGUCCUGUAAAGACUGCCAGCGUCUGCCACCAGGGCGGCGCUGUGAGCGCCCGGCAGGAGGCCGCACCCACCGCCUUAACCCCACACGCCACUGCGGGGUGGUCCCCACCAUCUCCAUAGACCCCCCUGGCACCCACUUCACCAACACCCCCGCCCCCCACUCCCCCUGCACCCUCCCUGCCACCAUUGCCCGCCUGGAGGCCUACCGCCAGCGGCUGGUGUCGCCCAUGAGCUGCGAGGAGCUGCCCCGAGACAGACACUGCUCCCUGGAGACGGAGGACAUGGACGAGCUGCAGGAGGAUGAGGAGGAGGAAGAGCAGGAGCCAAGGCCUGGCAGGGAGGCUGGGACCGGAGCCAUCACGGAGCUCACGUUUAUGAAGCUCAGCCUGGACGGGGAGAGGCCAGCAGGUCAGUCUCCUAGUGGGGGGGUGGAGUUGCAGCCUGCUGGGGUGGAGUUGCAGCCUGCUGCUGGUGGUGGAGUGGAGCUACAGAGGACAGGGCCUGAGCUGGGGAUGGGGCUGGUGAGGCAGAGGGCAGAACAGCUGGAGAGGCUUUCAGGCUUGGCCAUGGAGGGUCCACUCUCAGGGGCUGGGCUUGCUGAGCAGAUGGACCUGCACUUGGCGGUGGAGGAAAUGGAGGUGGAGGGGGAUGUAGGGAUGCAUUCUGAAACCCCCAUUCCAUCUACCAGCUGCACGGUCAUAGCCGCAGACCCCCAGAUGAACACCACCCCGGUGUCGUACCCCCAGGGGUCGGCCCAGACCUGGACCCCCGUGUCCUCCCCCCACGGCUCCACCCUCACCCGGAGCUCCAGCAGCGACAGCCUCCACAGCAACCGCGGAGGACACCAAGGCCUGGUCCGGCAGCGCACCCAGGAGAUAGAAACCCGCAUGAGGCUGGCCGGCCUGACCGUCCCCUCCCUGCUCAAACGCUCCAGCUCCCUGGCCAAGCUGGGAGGCCUCACCUUCUACUCCGAGGACCUCUCAGACCUAGCUGACGAUCAGGCCCAGCUGUUCUUCACCGAGCCACCAGCCUGCCCCUCCACACCAGGGGAAGAGGAACCCUCUGAGCCCCCAUCCACCCCCAGGAGCUGACUGUGUUUCCAGUGUGUCUCCUCCAGACAGGUUCCGCAGUCAGAACUUAGGGAGCAGGUUUGAAGGAGGAUGGAGGAAGUUUGCCAGGUUUGCUAGAGGUGUCCUGGAGAUUCCUCUGUCUCUCGAGACAUAUUAACAGAAUGUUGGCUGGAAGAAAGAAAAAUAACAACACAAUUCCUAUUAUACAUACAUGUACUGUCUGUUUUAUCAAUCCAAAUAAGAGAUACUGUUGGAGAAGGCACUCUCAAUGGAGCUCAAUGAAUGUGUGCAACUGAGCCUCUGCUUGGAUUCGUUCAACAUCUCCUCAUGUGCCCCUGAACAGACUGACUGUUGAAUAUUGAAUCCUCACUCACUGUAUUUUCCUCGUGCGUUUUUUUGUGUCACCGAAUAACGACUUCAUCAUAUGAGCAUCUUCCUGCCUCUUCAAGCGAAGCAGUGUACCUCAGUCGGAACACAAGCAUCUCAAGAAUAUUUUAGUCCAUGACUGUUUUUGUUGACUUGCCUCUCUUCUCAAUGACUGGCUCAGCCAGCCCUCCUCCAUUUUGAAGUACUUCAUGAAGUAAUGUCUUGAAAAGUGGUCAAUAUUCUAUUCAUGACCAUAUAGUGUUACAUACCGUGUCCUCAUCGUCACGGCUACAGCCUCUUCUUGAUCAAUGCUAUGGAUGAUGGGAAGAAACGCAGAAAGAGAAAAAAUAUUGACUAAAUCCCAUUUUCCAUUCUCUCCUGGAUUCGUUUGUUACUUUGAAGCAGUUUAGAGGGAGCAUAUAAACGUUGGAUUUGUUUAGUUUUUGCCACAGCUGGCAUUUCACCACUGCUGUGCAAUGGCAAUAGGUACAGUAGUUCAAUGAUCUGAUUGAGAACUCAUCAUCCUUGUAUGGUUUGCGAGGAUUUGUGGGCAACUGAAAGAGUUGAAAUCAUUUUGGGAUUGGAUUUCACAACGCUGUAUUACUCUACUUUACCGCUGAUCAGUGCUCUGUCCCCUCUUCUCCAGACCAGCUGUAGUCAGACAUACUGUGUCUGACACCAUAUCUUUCUUCCAACAUCUCUGCAUCACUCUCAAAAGGCAAUCAAAUACAUUAGGUUCAAGUUUUUCUGACGGCAUUCCUCUUCUAUUUAUUCUCCUCCCUAUUGACACACAUUUGUGGUAUUGCACAGUAGAUGUAGGAGCUUUGUGAAACCGGCUUUAUUCAACUGUCUUUGUGCCAGAGCAACAUUGAACUACCUUUAUUUGUACUGUAAAAAAAAAAAAAAAACGGAAUCGUUGCCAUACAUUGAAGCAGAACUACUGUAUAAGUCAUAUUUGUUUGAACAGCUUGUUUUUGCUUUGACAGACCUGGGAGUUCCAAAUGUGUCUGUGAUGUUAGCAGCACAGCGUAAUGGGCUUUAGCUGGAUCUGUUUGGGAAAGAGCCAGCUUCUCUCAGCCUUUUGCAUUAGCAUGGCAACACUAACAGCCAAACAAGGAAGUUGGGACAAAAACAAGUUGAGGCAUUGGAAGGAACGGACGAUUAUCCACCGUCAUAGUUUCUCAGAAAGGGGUUACAAUUCUGCUUUCUGUUGCAGUCUGUAGAAUAUCAGUAGCUAGCUACUAGAAGUUUUAGUUUAUUUACAGCAGACAUGAGACACUUCCGAAGCUGUGUGUAGAGCAGCAGUACAGUAUGACAGGCCAAGUCUGACUGGAGGCUCUGCCAUCCCGCAUGCUGUUUGACCAAUCUUAACUUAACCCCUAUCAGUUAAGAGUAUUUAUUUAGUAUAUGUUCUAAUUUGAUAAACUGGCACAUAAUAUGCAGGUAGUUGACUUCUUUGUGGCCAGCCUAAAUUUACUUUGCCCCAAGGGUGUUAUUAUGCUUUUGAAAGUUGUUUGGCUGUUUAUAAACUAAUGCAUUUGGCAUGUUGAGUGUGCAAGGAUAAUAUGUGUGAUGGUGGCAGUGUGUGUGUGCAGGCGCAUGCAUAUAUCAGGAGUUUAUUACCAUGGUUGUGACAGUAGUGCUAUGUGAAGAUGGAAAAGCUGUCUGUGUAUGAGUGCAAAACAACUGUUACCCUUUUAAAGUAGGGGGAUCAAUCAACUUUUUUUCAAUUGAACUGUAUGUAUGUCAUUGCCACUGACGCAAUGGCCUAUACUAUAUGUAGACAAGAUUGCUUUUGUUUUGUGAUAACAAAAGCAGUCUAUGGACAAAGUAUGACAGAAAUCCAUGCUGUGGUGUAGUUUCCCUAGCACUGUUUCCAAGUCAUGGGCCCCAUUUUAUUGCAUUUUUUUGUGCAUCGUGUUCAAAACAUCUAUAAGUGACUUUGAGUUUCUCAAUCAAUUUUGGAUACUUUCGGAUGAUUUGGACAUGAUACGCGGAAAAGGCUAAUAUCGGGCCCGUGACUUGAAUGGGAUUUGUGCCACAAAUGCUAAAAUGUUAGCAUGUAGAAACGGUGCCAGAGUAACUAAACCAAAGAAUGGAUUGCUGCCAUACCUUGUGCAUAGACUGCUUACAGGGUAAGGAAACCAAUGUGUAAUUUUGGUGCGCUAUCCCUUUAAUCAUAUGAGUGGCUCUGCAUUUGUUAUAUUAGUAACUACUGUCAGUGUUUGUUACUCAGAGGUACUGGUCAAAGCAAAUUUGCAUUUAAUUUGGGUACAAGCCACAUUAAUGGGUUGGGUUCUGUGGUCAGUGAACACUUUGUGGCGUUUGAGUUACUGCACUUAAGGCACUGGAUGAAUUUGCCUGUGUUCACUGGUGGGUAUUCAAUUUUAAAGAGGUUGCCUCACAGGAAAUACAGUUAAUAGAAUGGAAUAGGAAUUAGUAGGGUUUUAAAUUGGGAUAUGUCUACAAAACUGCCCCCUGUCCCUUUUUUUUUUAUUUUUUAUUGAAUCUAGUUCAGCCAAUCAGAUGUCUAGCACUUGAGGUCACCAUAUAUCAUUUGGGUUUGCGCUUUAUUCCAACCCACUGUUAUGCCUUCAUGUAGCUGUUAUAAGCAUGAUGUAACUUCUGACAUAGCAGGUUAUUAAAGGUUUACAGAAUACCCUAUAAUAUUAUAAAGAGUGGAAUUAGAUCCCGAAAGUUCAACUAUUUAUUUGAUGACACUGGUGUGGUGAUGACAUUAUUGUAGAAUCUGUUUGGUUGGCCAGUGGUGCUCAGUGUUACGUCAUGCUCAUAGCAGUGAACAGUAGGCCAUAUGAUGGAGGAUUUAAGUGCUGUCAAAAGGAGUGUCUUGAACUAGUCCGUCACAACUGAUGCUUAAAGCUACUGCACUGUUAUUAUUUAUGUUUUUGUUUUUUUAAUGAUUUCUACAUAAGUGCCUUAACCCUGGCCUUAGCUCUGUCUGUCCUAACCUCGUCACAGGCUUUGCAGAGUCAUUGUGAAUGAGUGUAUCCAUGGAAACGCCACUUGCCCUCUGCCCCCAAAAUAAUUAUCCUGAUGCCCCUCGAAAGCGACAUCUUGACACACACGGAGUACACAAGCUCUCACUCCCACACGUGUAUUUGCUUGACAGGCUCAUCAAUUGCUAUUAUUUUGUUUGCUAUUAUUGAGACCAAAGUCUGAGGGGUUUAUUUGUGCAAAUGGGCACAGAACAAAGUUUUAUAUAUACAUUCCCAGGCAUCUUAGGGUCCACCUGCCCUUACUGACAAUCCUUAAACUGGUCAAUGCUUUGAGAGUGAGACAGAAAGCUGGGUACAGAGACACUGAGACAUAGGGAGAGGGGGAACUUAUUGUAGUUCAUGUCAAGAGUACAAGUUGCCAUCUUUCCCUGAUAUUCAUUCCUUACCAUCAACAAGUGUUAGAGAUUUUUUUUGCAUAUAAGGCAUAAAUGAAUGAAAACUCCUAAAACAUACAUCAUCAUAUUGAGAGUAAGUUUUGUUACAUUGAUUGAUUGUUUUUGUUAUAUAUUUUUUACAUUUUAAGCUGUAACUUAUUCUUUGCACUAUGUUAAUGUGUAAUGCACUUUUUAAAAUGUUAUUUUACAUUUUGUUAAAAGGAUGUCCAGUGGAUGUGAAUGAUGGAAAUAAACCAUUUCCUCUGCAUAACCUA